CGGAGGCGGGCGCGCGGGCAGCUCGCGGGCACCCGGCCGGCGGGCGCGGGAGCUGGAAAGGGUGCGCUAUGCCUUUAACGCCCGCGUACAGUAGACAUGUAUAGUGGAGUGUAGGGAAACUCUAGGCGGGGUUAAAGUUCAGCUCAUGGAGCGGCAAUAGCGCUGGCUGGCUGCAGUUGAGCCGAGUUGGAAAUGUGAACGCAAGAAGCAGGCUUGAUUUUUUUUUCUCCCCCCUUCUCUCUCUCUCCUCCUCUCUCCCUCUUUCUCUUUUCUCACCCGCACUCACGCACACCUCCAAACCGCACACCCAGACGCACACGCACACCCCACCGCCGGGCAGUGAUGUAUUCUCCGCUCUGUCUCACCCAGGAUGAAUUCCAUCCUUUCAUCGAAGCACUUCUGCCCCACGUCCGAGCCUUCGCCUACACAUGGUUCAACCUGCAGGCCCGAAAACGAAAAUACUUCAAAAAACAUGAAAAGCGUAUGUCAAAAGAAGAAGAGAGAGCCGUGAAGGAUGAGUUGCUAAGUGAAAAACCAGAGGUCAAGCAGAAGUGGGCAUCUCGACUUCUGGCCAAGUUGCGGAAAGAUAUCCGACCUGAGUACCGAGAGGAUUUUGUUCUUACAGUCACAGGGAAAAAGCCUCCGUGUUGUGUUCUUUCCAACCCAGACCAGAAAGGCAAGAUGCGAAGAAUUGACUGCCUCCGCCAGGCAGAUAAAGUCUGGAGGUUGGACCUUGUUAUGGUGAUUUUAUUUAAAGGUAUUCCGCUUGAAAGUACUGAUGGCGAGCGCCUUGUAAAGUCCCCGCAGUGCUCUAAUCCAGGGCUCUGUGUCCAGCCCCAUCACAUAGGGGUUUCUGUUAAGGAACUCGAUUUAUAUUUGGCAUACUUUGUGCAUGCAGCAGAUUCAAGUCAAUCUGAAAGUCCCAGCCAGCCAAGUGACGCUGACAUUAAGGACCAGCCAGAAAAUGGACAUUUGGGCUUCCAGGACAGUUUUGUCACAUCAGGGGUUUUUAGUGUGACUGAGCUAGUAAGAGUGUCACAGACACCAAUAGCUGCAGGAACUGGCCCAAAUUUUUCUCUCUCAGAUUUAGAAAGUUCUUCAUACUACAGCAUGAGUCCGGGAGCAAUGAGGAGGUCAUUACCCAGCACAUCCUCUACCAGCUCCACAAAGCGCCUCAAGUCUGUGGAGGAUGAAAUGGACAGUCCUGGUGAAGAGCCAUUUUACACAGGCCAAGGGCGCUCCCCGGGGAGCGGAAGUCAGUCCAGCGGGUGGCAUGAAGUGGAGCCAGGAAUGCCAUCUCCAACCACACUGAAGAAGUCGGAGAAGUCUGGUUUCAGCAGCCCCUCCCCUUCGCAGACCUCCUCCCUGGGAACGGCAUUCACACAGCAUCACCGACCUGUCAUUACAGGACCCAGAGCAAGUCCACAUGCGACACCAUCAACUCUUCAUUUUCCAACAUCACCCAUCAUCCAGCAGCCUGGGCCUUACUUCUCCCACCCAGCCAUCCGCUAUCACCCUCAGGAGACGCUGAAAGAGUUUGUCCAACUUGUCUGCCCUGAUGCUGGUCAGCAGGCUGGACAGGUGGGGUUCCUCAAUCCCAACGGGAGUAGCCAAGGCAAAGUGCACAACCCAUUCCUCCCCACCCCCAUGUUGCCACCACCGCCGCCACCACCGAUGGCCAGGCCUGUGCCUCUGCCGGUGCCAGACACAAAGCCUCCGACCACGUCAGCGGAAGGAGGUGCCGCGUCCCCCACCUCACCAACCUACUCGACACCCAGCACCUCCCCCGCAAACCGAUUCGUCAGUGUUGGACCACGGGAUCCAAGCUUUGUAAAUAUCCCUCAACAGACACAGUCCUGGUACCUGGGAUAAAAGUCACAGCGUCCCACCAUCCACCAGACAGACCACCUGACCCCUUCUCAACUCUGUAACAUGGACGCAUCCUCAACCCAGCGCAGUUACACCUUCACUGUCACUGGAAGGGGAGAAUCAAAUCAACUUGUACAUGGAAACAGCGAGCAUUAUGGUCCAACAGCAAAGGCCAUAACCUUUUGGGAUUUUUUUUUUUAAUACUUUAGGGACUGUUGUAAUUUUCUCAUAUGGUGCUGGAAAUGGUUGGGCUUUGUAACAUUUGAAGUGUUUUCCGUGGUAGCGUGAGCAUUAGGCAGUGUGGCUGGAGAAGGUCUACCCUUGCUCACUGACUUCCCGUUGUGACACACUUUCUUUACGGAGCCCGGCUGUUUCACAGUAUUUCAUGAAUUUACCCACACAGGUGUGAGCCUCCUUGAGCAGUCAGGAGACACAUGGAGAACUAAGUCUUUUGUAGUAGCUGAGAUCUGCAAUAUCUAACUUACGGGACAGUCAAAGGGCAAUGUUUUUCUGUAACAUAUUGGAAAAAGAAAACGCAGUUAUGUUCCUUUUUUAUUUUUUCUUUUAGUUUGGUUUGGUUCAGCAGUCAGCAGUAAACUAGAUAACAUGGCCCGGAAGGACAGUGAAUCCACUCACGUUGCAGAAUAAUUCCUAAAAUGGCAAACUACUACUACUACUAUUCAGUUUUUUAAAAGUUUUGAAAUGCUGCACUUACAUUUAAAAAAAAAAAAAAACAUUUUUUCAACAAUUUCAACAAUGACACACAAAUUCACAUGGAAAUGGGGAAGAUGGUCUGUUUUGACAGAAACUGACAGGAAUCAAUCAAAACAAUCGAAUUUUGAAUUGAGUAAAGUGCAAUUUCAUUGGAUAGCUAAAUAUCUUUGUAAGAUAGAGAUUGUUGAAAAUUCUAUUUUUGUUUUUCAAGUCCUUCCACCCCAGGACUCUAAAUUAUUGGGGUAAAAAACAGCCUUGCAAGAAAAAGGGGAGCUAUUUUUGCUUUUUAUGUUUUUUAUUGUUAAACUUGUAUCCCUUUAAAAACUGAAGGAAAAUUUAAAAAAAAAAACAAAAAAACAAAUCUAAUGGUGCUUUUACCACAAUAUGUUAACUACAUUAAAUGCUAAUUAAUUAUUUUCUGUUAUCAAAGCACAUAACUAAAAUGAAAUCAUGGUAUCUGUUAAUUUUAUAAGCUAGAAGUCACUAUAAUGGAUUAUGCCAAUUCUGAAAAUUUUUACAUGUAUCGGGCAACAUAGGAUUUAUCAGUUAUCAGACACUUCAUUGUUCCAGAGAUUGUCCAGAAAUUUUAAAGACCUUUGCGCCCCUGAACUGGGCUAUGGGAAAAUAAUAUUAAUAAUAAUAAUGAAACCAAUACUGACACAAAUGCUGGUGCCCAUUCAGAUCAAGGGUACUUGUUAGGGAAAAAAAAAAGUUUGCACCCCCAAAUGUCCUGUAUCUUAUGUAAAAAAAAAAAAAACCACAAAAAACAAACAAAAAAAGAACAAAAAAAAGUGCAAGUGAUUUUUCUACCAGACAGCGAAGCACCCCUUUGCUUCCCAUGCAACUUCAAGAAGGUUUCCUAUACUAUACAUAUAUAUACGUUCUGGUUGGCAAGCCCUGCUGAUCAGAGAAAGUCUCUGCAUGUUCUAGUGUUAGUAACUAAUUUUUAUAUAGCUAAUGUAGGAUAAAGUAGAGUGCAUUAAGACACAAUAUUGUAAUCCCUACUCUAGGCACUUGCCUUUAAACUAUGUUUUUCAGCCCUUCAGAAGGGUUCUACUACUGUCCUAUACAAUCAAGUAACUGAAAUUCUUGGGAAGACACUUUGCUCCUCAUCUUUCCCCCCCGAAACGAUGUUGUUUUGUUUUGUUUUUUUUCCUUAAUUUGCACGAAAACAAAAAUUCCAUAUCAAUGUGCCUUGCCCUGGAUAGCGAUUAUUUGUGGAAUUGUUGCACAUGCUCCUCUAUUGAAAGGGGUUUUUCCCUAGUCAAGCAUUUGGAGACACUUUUUGUAAAUGUGACUUUUAUGUCAGCCAUUGUCAGUUUCAACAUCUAGAACUAAAUAGAGAGUUAGUUGUUCCGCAGAUAGGAGUAGUCUUUAUUGUCCUCUGUGGUCAGUGGCAGUGCUAUUCUGAGAUCUGUAGAUGCUUAGAAUAUCAGUAUUUUGGAUGUUGCUGCAUUUUACAAUUUAUUUGGAGUCUUCCUUUAUUCCCCUCCCCGCCCCCAGAUAUAUGAAAAUAUGCAAUACCUGCUUAUAUCGUGUAGAAAAGCUUAGCUAUGAUUAAUUUUUCUUUUAUUUUUUUUAUUUGACCAAAGUCGGUGCUGCACUUGACGCAGUGUGUUUUAGGUGUCUGUCUUUGUACUUUAUUUGUGAUUUUUGAAUGCACGUGCGCAGGAAGGGCUCCUCUUAGAGAAGCAGUCAAACUGUGAAGCACUAAGCUGACCCUGCUUCAAGCAAUUUUGUUUUUACAACUGUUCCUUUCACAAGCAAGCCUUAAAAAAAAAAAAAGACAACUUCCCUUUUCUUCAGCUCCCACACCCCAUUUUUCUUAGCAGACUGCAGUCAAUCCACAUUCAAUACAAAGUAUAUAAUGCCCAUUUUUAUAUGCACGUUUUUAAACUUCCAAGUUCUGAAAAUUGUUUACUGGUUAUCUCUAUUUAAGGAAAAAAAAAUAAAAUAAAACAUUUUGGAUUUUCAUAUGUGUCUGAUAAGUGGUUGAAUAGUCGUUUGGCGCUGUUGUAUGGUGUGAUUGUCAGUAUAUGGUGUCACUUCCUCUAGCCAGCCAGCAUACUUUGCCUUCCCCUAUAGCACUUAGCUGGGCAUUACUUUAUUAUGACAUAUGUGCACUAAAAAAAGAAAAAAGAAAAAAAAAAGAAAAAAAAUAGCAGCUUUCAGUGCUUCACAGUGAAGGGAAAAAAGCCUAGACAAACAUUUUGUCAGAACCUUGCGAUAAGCCAAGGUAUUACCAGUAAAUUGGUUGUAUAUACAAUAAAAUUGCACCCUUUUUUUAAAACAAAACAAACUAAGCAAUAGUUUGGGCAGUUUUAGUUGUUUUUAGUGAGCAUGUUGUAGUCAUGACUGCAAAGAGAGAGAUUAACUGCCCACUCAGAAGAUAUGUAAUUUGUAUUGUUGUAUAGUUUUAUUGAUUACACUGAUUUAUUCUACCCUAUUUUAUAAUGCAGGACUUUUGUAAUGUUGUUUAAAUGAGGAAAAAUUUCUGUCAAAUUAGCCUAGUGAAAUUUCUGAUUGUUCAUUAUAAAGGCAGCGUUCAUAGAAUGGCUUUUCUUUCUUUCCUGCCCCCCCUCCCUUUGGGAACUGGAUUUAAGUUUAAAACUUUCCUGUUUCCUUUUUUUUUUUUUGUAAGUAUUUAAAUACAGUUAUUUUUUCUCUCUCUCAAUGGUAUAGCAUAUUCCUAUGCUUGAGAAGUAUAGGUCUACUGAAAAACCAUUGUAAAUGGACGUUACAGGUAUGCUGUAUUUUUGAAGGUAUUUUGUUGUAUUAAGUUUGAUGAAGCUAAAAUUAGGGAACUCUGAACAGAUUUGCAGGAAAAAAAUGUUUUAAAGGCUUUAAAACAUUAGGGAGGCAGUCUAGGGUGAUAACGAACAAGGGUUAAGUAUUAAACACACUAAGUUAUAUUUUUGUUCAUGUUUCAUUGUCCAGAAAGCAGCAGGAAACUGUAGUUCAGUUGUGAUCAAGCAGGAAAAAAGAAACACCAACAAUAUGAGUGUUUAACCUUUUUAGACUCAAAGUCAAGCGAAGAUUUUUGAGGAAGACUUUGCUACCUGGGGUGUGUAGACUGACAGACUGAGGGCCAUCCGUGUUUGGAGGCCCAGCCCUUGAUUCUGAGACCCAUUUGAAUUUUUUCUCUCCCGUCAAAUGGCAUUAACAAUAUUGGCAAAGAUAAGUCCCUCAAAUAACUCUCCAUUUUCUUCUUUGGGAACUGAAGUCAGAGGCACAAACAUUAAAUCAUAUCAUUUUUCUGUAUACUUUUUUUUUUUUCUGGCCCGUCCCCUUGCCACUAAAACGCUCCUUGUCUGAUUAUUCAUGGGCAGAGGACCUCUUUCCAAUGCCGCUCUAUCCAUCCCACAGUCGUUUUCUUUCCUUUGAGGUUUGAACUAACUUUUCUGUUUCUUCACACCCUGGCACGACAGCUCCUCCCUGCCCCACAGUCAGGCGUGGGCUACGGGCAAGCCAAGGCACACUUCCCAAAGCUUAUAUUCUUCAUACUCUGACCGGUGAAGUGUAAAGGAACCCAGACUUCCCAGAGUCACAGUAUUCAGGCAGCCCAUCAGAAGAUGCAAAACCCAUCUCAAAAAGUUUGUCUUUCACUUUUCGAACCCUUAUCCUCAUAGGCUUUGAACUCUGUAGUUACAGUGUCAUAAAGUAUUUAUGAAAUCUGAAUUAAGAAAAAAAAUUUUUUUCCUUGUGAUUGUUUUUUUGGGGGGGAGGGAGUUUCUAAGAAUGUCAUUUAAUGUACUUGGCAUCAUAUCUGUUUGUCCCUAGUGGUGGUGGUCUCUCUCUCUCUCUCUCAUUCUCUUUCUCUCUUUCUUUCUUUCUUUCUUUUUUUCCUGGUAGCAGGCCUCCAUAGAACAAAUUUAAAACACAACUGGCAUGGUAAUGUACGGAGAGCUUCAGUGGCACCUCACCACCCACGCUCCGAGAUCUGUCCUAAGACAUAAGACAGUCUCAGAAAGCUGCACUGCCCCCCAGCACAGCUUUCAUUCAAAUCAGCUUCCAAGGCCAAUCUCGUCCUGAAGUCAAUGCAUGUAUUUACUGUUUGACAGUAAACCCGCUCUGCCUUCUCCACGUCCAAGGCUGUGCAUUCGUCUAAUUAGUGUCGUGUAUGUUUUCCUUUUAUUUUUUCCAAUAAAAAAGCAGUGGGAUGAAAAUUGCUUUGAUAUAUAGCAGGUAACAUUGAAGCUAUUCCAUAGCACUUAACUGUAGUGAAUACUGUGUCACCAAUUCUGAAAUCAAUUUAAUGUUUAAUGCAAAUCCAUUACAUGGUGCUAUUACAGGCUGACAAAAUGAUUUACACAAAUGUGACAACUUGGGCUCAAUUCACUCUGCUUUCCAACAGUGUAAAUGCAUAGCAGUGUUUAUCUGCAUGAGAACUAUGCACUAAUCUAUCUGAAGAAAAACUAUAUCAACUUUGGUAUCUACUUUCCGUUUACUUCAAUCCUUGCCUUUUUGGUCAUUGUUAUAAUGCCAGCUUUAGGACAGAAAGAAUUAUAAGAAAACCAGCAUAAUACCUGAUAUAUUAAAAUGUAGUGCCUGUGAAAUCUGUAUUAUAUUGCUCUUCUGAAGUAAGAUUUUUCUACACCGGUAGCCUUCGCUGUCUGUCAGUCAGGACCUUCUGGUAUAGGUGAUGUAAAAUAACCGUACAAUAUUAAUGCAUGCUAUUCCAUAAUGCUUAGUGAACUGUAUGAAUAUUACUCAAAAUUAUGUUAGUCUUUUUUUCUGACUUGGUUCUUGUCAGCUAGGUUUAAAGGUAUUUCACUGAGAAUGCAAAUUCUGUCUUUUCUUGAUUUCGGCUGUUUUCAGUAUUUUGGAGGUAUACAUUUACUUAAUUCAGUAUUACUUGUGUUUUUGUUUUCGUUUUUGUUUUUUGUUUUCUUUUUCUAGGGGACAAGCAUGGGUGUUUGAUUUCAGAAAUCAGUCCCUGGCAAGACUUUUGUCUCAAAACGACCAUUUGAAUUUCAAGAACUCUGCUCUGAAGACACCGAGGACAUUUCCAAAUGAGGGACAUUUUCCUUCACCCUCGACAGAAGCUUUGCUGAUCCUGAAACGUUUUCUUAAUGGACAGUGUUCAGCCAGGUACCCAUGCUUGAUCCGUCUUCACACCAGACUUCCUCAUAUUAAAAGAAAAAAAAAAAAAAACGAAAAAAAAUCUUUAUGAGAUCACGUGGCUAUUUAGUUUCAUGCACAGUUGCAAUAUUUUCUUCAAAAAUAAAACUCUGUACAAACUUUGGGCCCGAUUCAUAAGAAAAAGAAAUUGGCUAUUAACACGGGAUUUUUAAAAUACAACUAUUUUUUUUUUUCGGUCUAAAUUUGAAAUGACUUGCUUCCCAAAUGAAAUGUUUCAUCUCAUUUUUUUUUUUUUCCUAAGCCAGCACUGAUCUGCCUUUUAUGCCCCAAAGGGUUACAUAAUCAAAUUAGGCGGCCGGGGAAAUGGGGAGCAGAUACCAGAAAUGCUCAGAAAGAUAAGGGGGACCACCUGCCCUUGAGCAUGGUAACGGGGGAGGCAGCAGCAUGUGGGGGUCAGGACCUUGCCUGUGUGCCAUGCAUCAUGAAUUUCCACUUGUGGACUCCUGAAUCUAUUUAAUUAAAAAAACACAAUUUCCGAAGUAUGUCUGGACCACAAGCAUAUGUGGUAGAAGUGCCACCUCUAAUCCAACCAGAGCACCUUCAGGGUGGAAAAUACUCCCCAGCGUGUGCGAUGUGAACUUGUGUCUCUCCACGGUGGUUUCAAGGACAAAUGGUGUCCAAUGAAUGGGGCUAUUUUUCCUGCUGUUUUUAUGCUCAGCUUCUUAAAAUAACACAAGCUUUCUUCCCUUUUUGAUUCUAUUUGUGUUACUCUUAUUUUUUUUAAUUUUUAAUUUUUUUUAGUAAUAGUCUAUAAUUUAGCGCUUUUUUUUUCAAACAUCUCAACCGAAGGCCACAAGGCCACUGGCUACGUUGGGAUGGAGGCUUGAGAGAGCUGCCCUUUCUCCCUGGUCUCCGACUGCCUUUCUGCACUGCAAAGGCAUUUGGUAGCAUCACCACUGAGGUACUAGCUAGACCCAGAGCUGGAGCUUUAGCAGAUUCUAGGAGGUCCUUAAGGAAGACUUUCAAAGGCAAAUACACGACCCCCUCCCCUACUGCCCUGACCUUUGACCGGAACAUAGUUCACCGGGGGAUUUUCCCACCACCCUUAGAAAUCUGUCUGCUCAAGAUACCUCGGUUUUUUUUUCAUUUCAAAUUGUGCGGGGAGGGGAUUAAACACUUCCAGUGAUGAGAGAGCUGUUGUGACACUAAACACCCCCGUGUUAAUAAGUUGGCUUGACAUUUGUUUUUUAUGAGCCGGGCCCCCUGUGCCUCUAGUAUACUUGUAUUGACUUUCAUAGAUACCCUUUUAGUUUGACUGUGUUCUGUGAAAAUUUGUAAUUGGUUGAGAAUCACUGUGGGCGUCCAUUCUUAUUCAACUAAAUCUCCACAGGUUUUUUGAGCUGGUGUGGAUUAGUUUAACUCUUGUAUUCAACCAUUAGUGCUACCACCUUCUCACAUUACAAUACAAUUACUGGAAGCAAGUACUGCAUUUCCUAUGCAACAAAAAAGGAAAAUAAAAAAUUGCUAAUGCUA